AUGGAAAAUAAAAGAAGAACAGAAAUAAAACGACAUUCUAUUUUUGAUUAUAAGUCAUUAACUAGAGCAUUAGACAAUGCAGGUGUAAAAAGAAUUCAUGCUUAUACAAUUUGGAGGAAUAUUGUACAAAAAAACAUUAAAGAUGUCUCAGAAAUCAAGAACAUCCCAAAAGCUGCUUAUAAAGUAAUAAAUGAACAAUUUUCCAUAUUAAAUAUACAAUUAAUUAACUCACAAACAUCAAAAGAUGGUAAUACAACUAAGAUUAUUUUCAGAUUACAAGAUUCUCAUGAAAUUGAAGCUGUUAUUAUGAGAUAUGGUGAUGAUCAAGAAAAUGAAAAUACGAAUUUUUGUAAUGAUAAUGAUGGUCAAGAGAAAAUUGUUUCAAAAAAGUAUAGAAGAAUCUCAAUAUGUGUAUCUUCCCAAAUUGGUUGCAGAAUGGGUUGUAUGUUUUGCGCUACAGGUUCUAUGGGUCUUAGAGGUUCUCUUUUAUCAGGUGAAAUUCUACAGCAAUUAUAUUAUAUAAGAAAUAUACUUAACGAACCAGUGAGAAAUGUUGUUUUCAUGGGUAUGGGAGAGCCAUUGGAAAAUUAUGAUGAAGUUAUUGAUGCAAUUAGAUUGAUGAUUGAUCCCAGAUUAUUCUCAUUAUCUUCUGGGCAUAUACUUGUUAGUACUGUUGGUAUACCUUCAAAUAUUAUUAACCUUGCUGACGAUUUACCUGGAGUUGGACUUUGCCUAAGUUUACAUGCACCAAAUCAAACUCUAAGAGAGAGAAUUAUACCAAUUGCAAGAUUAUAUAAAAUUUCUGAUUUAAUUAGAUCAUUGGAUAUUUUCAUUUUUAAGACAAUAAUUAAUAAAUGCCAUAAAAAUUUACUAGAUAAUAGAAAUAAAGAACAUAUUAAAGAUAACAUGAAUUAUAAUGACAUAUUAAUUUCAAAUAAAUUGUUAUAUGGACAUAAAAUGAUAAUUAUUGAAUAUACAAUGCUUAAGGACAUCAAUGAUUCAGAAAAUCAUGCAGUUGAACUUGCGAAUUUACUCAAGAACACCCCAAUUUCAAAAAAUAUAUUUGAGGAACUAAUAGAUAAUAGAGAUGAUAGUAUUAAUAUUAAUAUUAAUAAAAAAACAUUUAAUAAUUAUAUAACUGAUAACCAGAUAAUUAAUAAGAACUUUAAAAACCAUGUCGCAAAUACUAUUUUAAAAGAAUUAUCCAAAGAUUUUAAGAGAACCAAUUUUGCCAUAGUUAAUCUUAUUCCAUAUAAUAAAACCAGUACUAGCACUCGUUUUUCCACUCCAUCUAAGGAAACCAUAACAAAGUUUGCCAAGACACUCAUUGAUUUGAAUAUAUUUGUAACAGUUCGAAGGAAAAUGGGAGACGAAAUUUUUGGUGCAUGUGGCCAACUUGCAUUAAAACAUGCAGGAAAUUAUAAUAUUGAGGAUAUUAAUCAACAAUUAAGAGGAAUUUCUGAUGAAUACCAUUCUGAUGAAGACUUUAUAGAUGAUGAAUUACUUAUUAAUUCAUCUGAAAUUGAGGAUUCUGAGCUUGAAACAUUGACUAGUUCUAUUAAUACUAGUGAUCAUUCUCAAACUUCAAGUAAGUCUGUAAAUAUAAAGAGCAAUUCAUUAUUCUCCAUACAAACUAAAUCUAAUAAUAAUUUCAAAAUUUCAAAUAUAUUUUCCACUAUUUUCUCUUCGUAUUAUAAAUUAUGUAAGAGUUUUAUAGUUAAUAAUAAAGCAUCAAUUUUACUUUUUAUUGGAUCAGGUUUUUAUAUAAAUUACUUGCUCAGAAAAAAUAGAAACUCUUAA